AUGACUCCACACAGGCUGCAGACAUUCAAUACCCCUGCACCUUGUCAGGAUGUAAAACAGCUGACUAAUGGAGUUGCUAUGGCACAAGUUCUUCAUCAAAUUGAUGCAGCUUGGUUCAAUGAAUCUUGGUUAAGCCGAAUUAAGGAGGAUAUUGCCGACAACUGGAGGAUAAAGGCUAGUAAUUUAAAGAAGGUACUUCAAGGAAUUAUGAGUUAUUACAGCGAGUUUUUGGGGCAACAGAUUUCUGAAGAACUUAUUCCUGAUUUAAAUCGAAUAACUGAAAGUUCAGAUUCUGUGGAGCUUGGGAGGUUACUGCAGCUUAUUUUAGGUUGUGCGGUCAACUGUGAAAAGAAGCAAGAACAUAUUCAAAACAUAAUGACACUGGAAGAGUCUGUUCAACAUGUGGUCAUGACUGCUAUUCAAGAGUUGAUGAGUAAAGAAAUAUUGAACUCUCCUACAAAUGAUGCUGUUGGAGAAUUAGAACAACAGCUUAAAAGGGCUCUGGAAGAACUUCAGGAAGCACUCUCAGAAAAAGAAGAACUGAGGCAGAGAUGCCAAGAACUGGAUAUGCAGGUGACUGCACUUCAAGAUGAAAAGAAUUCACUGGUUUCUGAGAAUGCAAUGAUGAAUGAAAAACUUGACCAGUUGGAUGGAUCUUUUGAUGAUCCAAAUACAAUGGUUGCAAAAAAGUUUUUUCAUGCACAGUUACAACUAGAGCAAUUACAGGAAGAAAACUUCAGGCUUGAAGCUGCAAAAGAUGAUUACCGUGUUCACUGUGAAGAACUUGAAAAGCAAUUAAUUGAAUUUCAGCAUAGGAAUGAUGAAUUGACUAGUCUUGCUGAGGAAACAAGAGCCCUGAAAGAUGAAAUUGAUGUUCUUAGGGCUACCUCUGAUAAAGCAAAUAAGUUGGAGUCCACAGUUGAGAUAUAUCGUCAGAAGCUACAAGAUCUGAAUGACCUUCGGAAGCAGGUGAAAACGUUGCAGGAAACAAACAUGAUGUAUAUGCACAAUACAGUCAGUUUAGAAGAAGAAUUAAAGAAGGCAAAUGCAGCACGUACACAAUUAGAAACAUACAAGAGACAGGUUCAGGAUCUACACAGUAAACUUUCCUCUGAAUCCAAAAGGGCUGACACACUAGCAUUUGAAAUGAAGCGACUUGAAGAAAAACAUGAAGCUUUACUUAAGGAAAAAGAGAGACUAAUAGAACAGCGUGAUACCCUGAAAGAAACGAAUGAAGAGCUUCGGUGUUCACAAGUACAACAGGAUCACCUAAACCAAACAGAUGCAUCUGCUGCAAAAACUUAUGAGAAUCUUGCUGCUGAGAUUAUGCCAGUGGAAUAUAGGGAGGUGUUUAUUCGACUGCAACAUGAAAAUAAGAUGCUUCGCCUGCAGCAGGAAGGUACUGAGAACCAACGCAUUGAAGAACUACAGGAGCAGCUAGAGCAGAAGCACCGCAAGAUGAACGAACUGGAAACAGAGCAAAGGCUGAGCAAAGAGCGCAUCCAAGAAUUGCAGCAGCAGAUUGAAGAUCUCCAGAAGUCUUUACAGGAACAAGGCUCCAAGUCUGAAGGAGAAAGUUCCAGCAACCUAAAGCAGAAGUUGGAAGCUCAUAUGGAAAAACUAACAGAGGUACAUGAAGAAUUACAGAAGAAACAAGAGCUCAUUGAAGAUCUUCAGCCAGAUGUAAACCAGAAUGCACAAAAGAUCAAUGAACUUGAAGCUGCUCUUCAGAAGAAAGAUGAAGAUAUGAAAGCAAUGGAGGAACGAUAUAAAAUGUAUUUAGAGAAAGCAAGAAAUGUUAUAAAAACUUUAGAUCCUAAAUUAAAUCCAGCAUCAGCUGAAAUAAUGCUGCUUAGAAAGCAGUUGGCAGAGAAAGAGAGAAGAAUUGAGAUUCUGGAGAGUGACUGUAAAGUAGCAAAAUUUCGUGAUUAUGAAGAAAAACUAAUUGUUUCUGCCUGGUAUAAUAAGAGUCUAGCAUUCCAGAAACUGGGGAUGGAAUCUAGACUUGUGAGCAGCAGCGGGGCUGGCAAAGACCCUGCUGCAUGUCCUCCCGCACGGUCUUUCCUAGCACAGCAGCGGCACAUCACCAACUCCCGAAGAAAUCUCUCUGUAAAAGUUCCUGCUGCAACCUCUGAUUAAACUGCUAAAGACAACAAGCAGAAGUGCCCUUAAAAUAGUUUGUGUCUUUCAACCAACUACCAGACUGAAAAAGAUGUUUAUGAUGCUGGAUAUCAGCUGUUCAAGAGGCAUGGAAUUAAGUUUGCUGGCUGACUUUGAAAACAAAUUUUACAAUUAGCUAUUUCUCUGAGGGAGCACAUUUGAAUAAUUAGAAGAUGUAAUUAGGCACCCAUCUAAACAUUUGUGUUUUGAGACUAUUAUAAUUUCAAAUUGACUUUGUAUAUUUUAGUUUAGUGUUUUCAUUUGUGUCAGUAACUUGGUUAAUUUGCAAUGUGUAAUCAGUAAUAAGUAAUUUAAAAAUACAUUUAUAUUCAUUUUAUUGUUUUGGUCCAUAUAAAAAUAACCUUAAGGUAGGCACAUGUAGAACUAUAUAAGAGUUAUAUUUUUUUACUUGAUAUAUACAAGACUUGACCUGUAGCCUCUAACUCUGUCAUUGAAUAGGUAUAUCUUAUCGUGAAGUAGAAGAUAUGACAUUUGGAAGUUUUGAUUGUUGAAAUGACUUUGCUAUAGCAAAGUGACUAAUAGGAAGUUUUACAGAUUCAGAAGAGGUUAUAUACUUCUGUUACCUACUAUAAAAAGGGCUUCUAUGCAGCAGGGUGGAAAUGGGAAGGGUAAAUGGAUAAACUGAUUUUAAUGAGAGGUGACUUUCUGGUGGGAAACAAGCUAAAAGUAUAAAGUGAUACUUUGUGUGAAACAUCCACAUGCUCUUUAAUAUAAUUAAUAACAAUAAUUAUUUUACUUUUAAGCAUAAAAUUAUUAGGAUUUCUGCUAAAAAUGAUAUAAUAAUUUUGCCUCCUAAGAAGAAAUGGUGCAGCAAUGAAACAAUUUGAAAUCAAGUUAAUUUUGUUUAAUAAGUAAACAAUCUGUCUUGGGCUAUGUUUAUGGUUUUCAGUUCGUUUUUGCCCAAAGCCCGUUAUUUUCAGAGGUGUUACUUUCUCAUUUUUUAAGAGUUACUUGUUGGAAUUUUAAUUAGAUGAGUAAAAUAUGUGCUGUUCAAUAUUGUAGCCACAAGCCACAUGUGGCAAUUUUAGUUAAGCUAAUUAAAAUUAAGUUUUUGGUUGCACCAGCCACAGUUCAAAUGCUCAGUAUCCACAUUGGCUAAUGGUUACAGAAUUAGUGCAGAUAUAAAAUAUUUCCAUCAUUGCAGAAAGUUCUACUGGACAGUGCCAUGCUAACUCUUCUUAUAACAACAUUGAAACACUCCUUGCUGUUAGACCACAAAAGUAAAAAGAAAAAAAUGCCAGGACUAUUUCAGUAUGAAAAGGAAUUGUGGCAAAACUAGCAUUUGCGUUCCUUAAAGUGGAAUAGCUUGUGUUGUGACAUUCACAGUUCAUCUUUCCAGUAUUUUUCAGCAGCUGCACACUUAUCCGCUGUGCAUAGACCAGGCAGGGGUCAGCACACUUUUCUGUAAAGGGGCAGAUAGUAGUAACUUUAGGUGUUGUUGGCCAUGUGUUCAGGGGUGGCAGGUAAAUCAGCUCUGCCCUUAAGUAUGAAAGCAGUAGCCAUACACAGUAUGUAAACCAAAUAGGUGUGGUUGUAUUUCAGUAAAACUUUACUUACAAAGACUAGUGUUAGGUCAGAUUUGGCCUGCAGGCUAUAGACCUCCUUGGGUCUAGAGUUUAUUCUUUGCCUUUCCUUGAAAAUAUAAAUAUUGUUCCAAUUUGCAAUGUUACUUAUUUAGAUUCUUGGUUUUUUGAUUCUCUACCAGUAAUUUUUUUUUAAUUACUGAAAAUACAAGAAUUGCUUCCAUACUGUAUUUUGGUCUCUUAGAUUAGGGCACAUCUGUCAGGAUAUUUUGUUUUAUCAGGGUUACUUCUGUUGACUACCUCUUAGAUUUUGGUGUCUUUUUUCAGUGCGGUUUUAUAGUUGGUUUGCUUCUUCAUAUAGCCUUAUAGUCUCUGUGUGCCUGUGACUUUUGGUGAAAUGAAAGUGUAUUAGCAUGCCAAUUAAAAUUUUCUAAAUAUAUGGCAUUUUAGAAUAUUUUGGUCAGUGUAAGACAUGAGCUCCUUUGGUAUUUACUACUUGCUUAUAAUUGAAAAUAAACAACCUUGUCAAACUCCCUUUUACUGAAAGUUAUUGUAAAACAUCAAUGCCAAUAAAUUAAUAUUUUCACAAUUCAAUUGCUCACAAAUUUUCGAUUAUACUUGGAAUUUCUACGUAAUUUGUGCAAUUUAUGAAUAAGCUAGAUUCUUUAUCUCAAUAGAGAAAAAGCAAAUUUUGUGAUUUACUACUUUUCUAGUUUAUAAGUAGAAUUUAAAUUGCUUGAUACUUAAAUAUUUAUACAAGACUAAUGUAAUUUAAAGUUCUAUAUUAUUGUGAUUAAUCAUAUGGAAAUUCAGGAAUUGAUCAGAAGUGAGAUUGUUUUCCACAUCUGGUUAAUAGAGUGAGAUUGACACCCUGUGGGUGGUAAAGCAUUAUAAAUAUUCCUCAUAAACCAUGAAUUAUGUAUGUCUGUGUUAUAAGUGAUGCUUAAGUGCAUAUACCAGGGAAGAGAAAUUUAGCAUUUAUUAUGUGGUAAUGAGUUGAAUGUCCCAGUGAUAAUAAAGUAAAACCACAGACCAUUUGGAAAUGAUCUUUAUUUUGAGCAUUUGUUGUGUAAUUAAUAUUACUUUCUCUUUUUAAAAUGAAAAGUAUGUAUACAUA